GUGAGGGUGUUGACGCCGCCUCUAGACCUUCGCCAUGCUUCCUCUUCCUCACCACAUUACAUCCAUCUCCGACGAUGAGAAUAUCACCGGCGGCCUCGUCAAAUCCCGCAAAAACUGCAUCAAAUCACUUAACGAACGGCAUCACUCCACUUAUCAACCAAAACAACGCCAAAUAUCAUCCCACAGUAAAAAGAAGAAUGCGAUUCUCAUCGGCGUGUUCAUAAUAAUCCUGAACAAUCGCCAAUUCUUACUCGUGAUCCUCCCCCAAUUCGGCUUUGUUGUUUUUGGCCCGUGGAAUGUUUUGCCGCCGCCGGAAACCUACACGACAAGGAUACGGUUCGAAGAACGAUCUAAAGAACAUAAAGUUUUGAUUUUUACUAUCUUUCUCAGUUGCCAAGUUAGUGAAUUGAUCGGAAUUUAUUUUGGUUGUGCUCUGUUUGGUUUUGAGUAAAUUUAAUAACUAAAAGAGACGGAAUUUGGGUUUUAGGAUCCUUGAAGGUUUAAAUUGUGACUGAUUCAAGUAGUUAGAGUUGUGUACAGAUCAGAAGGUGAUGGAUCUUAUGAUGCUAACAUAACUUUGGCGCAGGAGCAAUUAUAACAUGGGAGGUUUAAUUUAUUCACAGGAUACCAAACCCUUGUUCAAAGGUGCCAAAGUUAUAAGUGAAAAUGGAAGGUUUAAGAUAUAUAAUGAGGACAGGAGCUAUAUGCAAAGUUGUGAGGUUGUUGUCUCGGCUCGUGCAUUUGGUGGGGGAGAUGAUCUUCAUCAACCUAUAGGAAUGUCAAAUGCAUCACGUAGAAAGGUUUGCUAUGUGGCAUUUUGGGAUGAGAUUACUCUCAAAACUCAGGAGGCAGAGGGACAGAGAAUGGACAGCAACCACAUGAUCGGUAAAUGGCGGAUCAUUGUUGUUAAAGAGCUUCCUUUUGCUGACCAACGCUUGAAUGGUAAAAUACCAAAGAUGUCAGCACAUCGAUUGUUUCCACAAGCUUGAUAUUCAAUUUGGGUCUACUCCAAAUCUCAGUUUCAGAGAGAUCCAUUAGGAAUUCUGGAAGCACUUCUUUUGCGUACAAAUUCUGUGUUAGCAGUUUCAGAACAUGGAGCACGUAGUAGCAUCUAUGAUGAAGGCAAGGCUGUAGUUGAGAAGAACAAAGCUACCCCAGAAGAAGUUGAGUUCAGCUCUCCCAGCAUCGUCAAGAUCGUUUUCCCAAUAACAAGAGGCUUAAUGGGAAAAAGGGUAUGCUUCUUAGUCUUGUCCUAGUCUUCCUCAUUAUCUUGCUCCAACAACUCAAAGCAUUUUGAAAUAAAGUCUUGAUUAUGUU